AUGAAUUCAGCAACGGUCAAGGAUUUGAAGCUUGCCAUCAAGAGGAAGAAGGUAAAUGACAUGGAACAAUGUGGCAUGGGUCACCGCCAUAUUUCUUGGAAGCAUGUAUGGGCAAAUUAUUGUUUGUCAUGCCAUAACAACAAGCUUCUAAAUGAUAAUGAUGCACUCCAAAAUUUUGAUGUACGGAAUAAUUCUCAGGGUCUCGCGGCUGGGUUCAAGCGAGAGGGCCAGCUGAAGCUCGCGGCGUAUGGCGGCCUGGUUCUGGCGAUGGACCGCGCGCCAACCAAGGUCGCCGGUCGACCAGCGAUGGAGGCGUCCAGCUGGUCCACGGUGGGCAAGGUUACACGGUGGUUUGAGCUGGUGGGCGAGGGAGAAAGGAGUGAAGGAAGGAGGUGGCUACGCGAGGGGUUCACCGCGGCAACCCGUGGUGGCACUACCGCGGUGGCCUCUGGCGGUGAUUCACGGUGGCUGCGGUGGAAGGGGAGUGAGGGCGCAUAG